AUGGGCGCGUUAGUCACGCAGUCCGAGCCUCGGCAGGAGAUCUCGCCUGCUGAUGCGCCCGCGGCCCUUCGCGGUAUCCCGGCGGUGCCGCGACCAGCCGGCCUGGCGCGGCAGCUGGCCGCGCAGGGCGCGUGCGUGCGUGAGGGCUGUGCAGUUCGUCUCGAAGUGGGCGUGCCCGGACCUCUUCGCGUACGUCCUGCUCCUCCACCUCGUGCGCGCGUUGCCUGUCCACUGCCACCUGAUCGAGGCC